UGAUCAAUAGAAAUAUCCGGGAGGAGGUUGGAGUGUCUAUAUAACUCUUUAGCUGUUGUUAAGAACCGGCUUAUAUUUUAAUUUCAUUGCCCAAACAGAAGCAAAACUUCAAGAGUAAUCCACAGCUAAGCCAAGCAUUUUGAGGACCUCAGCAAUGAUCUCCACUGUGAUGUGCAGCAGAGAGACGCUACUAAACAUUCAGUGCAGCAGUCCCAACAGGAGCUCUGUCAGGAUCGAGCCCCGCAGGAACUCCAUUCCCCCAACACAGACUCUCACUGCUAAACAUCUGCUGGCGUACCUGCCCAGACCACAGCCAGAGUCCAUCCGUUACACUCCUUACUCUUACAAGGCUGCAGCUAAAUGCACUGUUGCUUCCAUGAUGACCACCAAAAGAACCUCUCUCAUCCACAACUUGAACUAUGUCAAUGGCUCAUCGCUCCCGCCAUCCCAGGAGGCCUCUCCCUCCGAGACCCAGAGCCCCCGCAGCCAGUCCUCUCAGGCUCUGACUUUGGUCAGGCAAGAGCCCCCUCACCAGCACACUAUCCAAGCAGCUCCUCUGGAAAUAGUAGAUGAAACCCCAAAGCCUCAGCGUUUGCAUCGCAGCAGAAACCUCAAGCGUUUCAGCUCCAGAUGGCGCCAAUCAAUAGGCUCUGCUGGCAGCAGCAGCAUUUCCGUCCAUGCAGCAGAGAAACUGCAUGCUGCAAAGACUCUCAAGAAGCGCUGUAAGCUGCUGGGUGAUGAACACUCAUUACAUAUUACUGCCAGCAAUCAGCGGCAGCGUUAUGUCACCAAAGAUGGCAAGUGCAGGGUCAAUCUUGGACCUAUUACAGACAAGAUUCGCUUUAUCUCAGAUAUUUUCACCACAUUAGUGGACCUCAAGUAUCGCUGGUUCCUUCUUGUCUUCACUAUGUGCUACAUUCUCACAUGGGUUGCCUUUGGUGGGAUCUACUUCUUAGGUGCCUGGUUGCGUGAUGACAUUGCCCAUGUCCAUGACCAACAAUGGCAGGCAUGCUUUGAAAAUGUCGACAGUUUCCUAUCAGCGCUGCUGCUGUCAUUAGAGAGCCAGAGGACUAUUGGGUAUGGCUCCAGGAUGGUGACAGCUAACUGCCCUGAGGGUGUGGUCCUCCUGAUGGUCCAGUCCAUCCUUGGCUCCAUUAUCGACGCUCUGAUGGUGGGCUGCAUGUUUGUCAAAAUCUCCCGUCCACAGCAGAGAGCCCAGACGCUGAUCUUCAGCAAGCACUGCGUCAUAUGUGAGCGUGACGAGAAGCUGUGCAUGCUCUUCCGCAUCGGUGAUCUGAGGGAGAGCCACAUGGUGGAUGCCAAGAUCCGAGCCAAGCUGAUCAAGUCUAGACAGACAAAGGAGGGCGAGUUCAUCCCACUGGAGCAGUCAGAGAUCAAUCUGGGCUAUGACACUGGGGGAGACAGGCUCCUCCUGGUGGAACCUCAGACUAUUACCCAUGUCAUCAAUGAAAGCAGCCCCUUCUGGGAGGUUGGACUCGAGCGUUUGAAGAGGGAGUCGUUUGAGAUCAUUGUCAUCCUGGAGGGCAUCGUGGAAGCAUCAGGUAUGACAUGCCAAGCUAGGACAUCCUACACAGAGGAUGAGAUCCUGUGGGGCCACCGAUUUGAGUCGUGCAUUUCCUUGGAGAAAGGGGCGUUUCGUGUGGACUACAGUGCAUUUGACAAAACCUUUGAAGUCCAAAUGUCCCAACUGAGUGCAAAACACAGAAACACAGAAAAGGAAAAAGAAAUUGUAUUUUAGAAAAUGUUGACAAAACAAACACUUCUUGUUUCUGUACAUAACAUGACAUAUGACAUAUAUAAUGACAUAUAAUGAGUGACUUAAAGUGAUUUUGACAUACCCUGAUAAAUAACAAAUCAUUUUUCAUGAAUAUUGAUCUCAGGGUACCCAUAAUUUCUGUUGUUCUGUCUAAUAAGGUUU